AUGGCCGGCGGCGGCGCGGACUGCGCCAGGGACGCGCGGCUGCUGCGGGGCCGGGACGCGGUGCGGCCGGAGCCCGCGCUGCUGGCGCCCGCCGUGCUGCUGGGCGCCGCGCUCGGCCUGGGCCUCGGCCUCUGGCUGGGCUGCCGCGCGCGCUCGCGGCCCCGGCACCAGGUAGACGACGCCCAGAGUCUGCUCAGGAGCCUGGAGUCUAGGGCCCAGACCCCGACCGAGGCCGGCUCCCCGCCCAGGAGGAGGAAGAGAGGCGCGCGGGCUUCCAAGGAUGCGGAGGCUCUGGACGAGCGCGCACCGUCCGUCAGCAGCAACGUCACCGCGUUCGCACUGAAGGCGAAGGUCGUCUACCCCAUCAACCAGAAGUUCCGGCCUCUGGCCGACGGCUCCUCCAACCCCUCGCUGCACGAAAACUUGAAGCAGGUGGUUUUGCCCAACCAGCCGGCCGAGGCGUCGCCCUGCAGCAGCCUGGGCAGCCUGAGCCAGGCCGAGAAGGAGUGCAGCUCCUCGUCCAGCAUCCACUCAGCUGCCAGCGACGACCAGUUCCUCAGCCGCACCUUCCUCUGCGUCCACAGCUUCCCCGAGGCCCUGACCUGCGAGAGUGCCGACCUUGACCUGUGCAUCUAUAACCUCCACCUGAAAGAUCUGCUCCAGCUGGACGCGGCGCUGAGGCAGGACCGGCACUUGAUGUUUAUUCAGAUUUUUAAAAUGUGCCUCCUUGAGCUCCUUCCGAGAAAGAAGCCUGAUGACGAAUUCUACCAGAAGAUUCUUUCAAAACAAGAAAAUGAUUUGGAGGAAUUGGAAAAGGGACUCGGGGUCAGGCUGUCAGACGCGGAGGCGCUGGGCGCCGGCGAGUCCCAGUACGCCACGCUGGCCGACGUGGAGAAGAAGGAGAGGGAGUACGCGGAGCUGCUGAUCGAGAACAUGGACGCCUUCUGGAGGCAGCUGGAGGGCGUCCAGCGCUGCCUUGUGGACCAGUUCAAGUGCCCCAGCGCCCGAGUGCGCCAGCUGGGGGCGGCGCUGACGGCCAGAAUGGUCGCCGCGGAGGGGCUGCUGCGGGACUCCCAGGACCUGCAGGCGCUGGCCCUGCUGGACAGGACGAUGGGCCGGGUGCGCCUGGCGAAGAUGGUCGAGUUCCUGCGGCUGCAGAUGCAGGAGGAGACCAAGUGCCGGCUGGCCGCCAUCUCCCGCAGCCUGGACCUGCUGGCCGCCCGGGGCCGGCUGUCCGCGCGGCAGAAGGAAGAGCUGCUGACCCAGCAGCACAAGGCCUUCUGGGAGGAGGCCGAGCGCUUCGGCAGGGAGUUUGUGCAGCAAGGCAAGGAGCUGGUCCAGACGUCACAGACCCGCCAGGCGGAGGGCACGGCGCAGCUCACACAGGCCCAGGAGGAGGAGCGCAGGGCCUUCCUGGCGGAGGCGCCGCCGACCACCGACCCCCAGGAGCUCCUCCAGGCCUUCCACGGGGUCCUGGAGCGGCAGAGGGUGACGCGCAGCGACCUGGAGGAGGAGGAGGACUUAAGGGCCGCUGAGGCCACGGCCGCGCUCUGCCAGGAGCUGUACCGCGGCACCAUGGAGACGUUCCAGACGCUGAUGGACGGCCUGUUCCUGCAGACGCUCCCAGGCGUGACGGGCCUCUCGAGGGCGCAGUGCGACUCCGUGCGUCGGGAGGCCCAGGAGGACGCCGCCCUGCAGCUGGGGCGCGCGGACCGCUUCCGCAGGCAGCAGUGGAGGCUGUCCCAGGACCUGCUGGAGCGGGAACAGCAGGUGUGGACGGAGGAGCUCGCCCUGUCCGCCGUGCUGCAGACACACCUGCGGGACCACCACGAGAGCGCCGUCCGCUGCAUGCUGGGCCGGCUCGGGGGCCUCGGUGAAGAGUCUGCACGGGGCAUCUUGCAGGGCCAUGAGCUGCUGCUGCGCCCCGCCCUCCGGAGGCUGGCUCUCCGCGGCCACGGUGUCGCCACGCUGGCGCAGAUGAGGCUGUCCGGCAAGAAGCGCCUGCUGCAGGAGCUGCGUGAGCAGCACGCCCUGGAGCAGGGCUCCUCCCAGUGCCUGGACGAGCACCAGUGGCAGCUGCUCGGAGCCCUGGAGGCCCGCGUGCUGGAGGAGACCGGCCGGCUGGAGGAGGAGGCACAGCUCACGCGGCUGCAGCUGCAGCAGCAGCUCCUGGCCGAGGCGCAGGAAGUAGGCCGGCUGCUGCAGCAGCACAUGGAGCGGGCCGUGGGGCAGGCGCUGCUGGGGCACGCGCGGGCCGCUGCCACCAGGAGCCGGACCAAGGACCGGGACGACUUCAAGAGGACGCUGCUGGAGGCGGCCGUGGAGAGCGUGUAUGUGACCAGCGCAGGCGUCAGCCGGCUGGUGCAGGCGUACGACCAGCAGGUCGGCCGGGCCAUGCAGGAGCACGGGGAGCGCUGGCUGGAGCGCCUGGAGGCCCUGCAGGGCGAGAGAAGGGACAGUUACAAGCUGCGGAAGAAGCAGGAACUCGGCGACCCUCCGCCGGAGGGCGAGGCGGCGGGUGGGACUCGGGAAGCGGCCGAAGGCGUCCACCAGAGGAUGCGGGCGCAGCAGAAACGGUUCCUGGCCCAGUUCACGGCCCACCAGCGCACCCGCCUGGACGUGUGGCAGCAGCGGGCGCAGGGCCUGGACCUCCUGGAGGCCCAGCUGGAGACGCAGCUGCAGGAGGCGGAGCAGAGCUUCAUCACCGAGCUGGCGGCCUUGGCCCGGGUGCCCCUUCCCGAAAGCAAGCCGUCUUCCAGCAAGCGGGCGCUGCCAGAGAAGCCGCUGAGGACCAAACGGAAGAAGCCAGCGCCCCGGGACCCCGAGGGACCCAGCCACGAGGAGCCUGCCCCCGGGGAGCACCCCUCAGGACCACGCAGCCAGAGGCCCGGCCAGCCGGAGAGCGACGCUGGGCCCGGGGAGGACCCCAGGAAGCUGCUGAAGAGAAGGAGCAACUUGUAG